AACAAUUCGUGUGAACAAAUCAUCACUAUAAUUCUCUAUGAGUCUCCUAUUCUUACUUUGGAUAUUAACUGAAAGCUUGCAGUAACUUCCCAUGACAGCAUGCAGCUAACUUUACCUCCAACGGACUCAAUGUGGCUAGUUUGGGAGAAAAAAAUAAAGCUUAUCGUACAACUUAACUAAAAAGAAUUUAAAACCCUGGAAAAAAGUCUGUGCGGUUUUAAAAAAAUGAAGAUAACAUCGUGAAGAAAGCCAAACGCUGAGCAGAUUUUGCUUUAAUCCUGCGUCUGGAUCAUGUGUCGGUCAGUGGCACGCGCUCUUUACUGUCCUCGCAGUGCGCGUGCGGUGUGCUACAAGUAUUUGAAGCGAUGAACUGGGGAUAUCAGCUCAACAUAUUACCUGAAAUAUCUUGAAGACUCCAUUACAUCGUGGAUUUUCCGGCAAAGGAUAAUAAUGUGUUGUUUCUGAGGCAAUAUCUGGCUUUUUGAGGAGCUGUUUCCAUUACACGCGAUGGGAGGUGAAUGGAAGUUGAUGAGCGCGCGCUAUGCUUCCCUAAAUCCAGUUUUAUGACAUGAAGUUUUUUAUUUUUACCUAUUUUGAUUACAGAGCCAUGGAUAAGCGCAAAAGACUGUUAUUUUUCCUUUUUUACUUGAUGUCAAAGUUUUACCUUAGUGACCAGCAGGUCAUACGAAUCGAAAUCAUUGUGAUGUCUUUAUGAGGAGUGUUUGGAAUACAUCAUAGACAGUGACAGAAAUUUUGAAAAGAAGGUCAGAGACAGAAAGACAAAGACCGUGUCCGAGAUGACCUGAGUAUUCAGCAGGGGGAAUCUUUGAGACGCGGGAGAAUGAACCCGUCAGUAUGGAUGAACUCGCCUUUAAAUUUGCUGUUACAAGUAUCAACCGAAACAGAACCUUGAUGCCAAACACCACGUUGACCUACGACAUCCAGAGAGUAAACCUCUUUGACAGCUUUGAAGCCUCCCGAAGGGUAUGUGACCAAUUGGCCCUGGGGGUUGCGGCGGUCUUCGGCCCCUCUCACAGCUCCUCGGUCAGUGCUGUCCAAUCCAUUUGCAAUGCUCUAGAGGUGCCACACAUCCAGACACGCUGGAAACACCCAUCUGUGGACAAUAAAGACAAUUUUUACAUUAACCUAUACCCUGAGUACACCUCCAUAAGCAGGGCUAUCCUGGACAUUGUCAUUUUCUACAAAUGGAAGUCUGUUACUGUAGUUUAUGAGGACAGCACAGGAUUAAUGCGUAUGCAAGAACUGAUCAAAGCUCCGUCCAAAAACAACCUGAAGAUCCGUAUCCGCCAGCUGCAGUCAGGAGGAGGUGACAGUCGCCCCCUGCUGAAGGAGAUGAAGAAAGAACAAGAGUUUUAUGUCAUCUUUGACUGCUCCUACCAAGUAGCCGCCGAGCUUCUCAAACAGCUGAUGUCGAUGGGUAUGAUGACCGAAUACUAUCAUUUCUUCUUCACUACUUUGGAUCUGUUUGCUUUGGAUCUUGAGCCGUACCGCUACAGUGGAGUCAACAUGACUGCCUUCCGCCUCCUGAAUUUAGAUGAUCCGUAUGUGGCUUCCGUGAUCCAGAAGUGGUCCAUGGAGCGCCAGCUGUCACCGCCCAAACCUGAGAGUGGAUUGAUGAGCGGCAUUAUGACUACCGAGGCUGCUCUCAUGUAUGACGCAGUGUUCAUGGUCGCUGUUGCGUCUCAGCGGGCCACGCAGAUGACAGUGAGCUCCCUGCAGUGCCACAGACACAAACCCUGGAGGUACGGUCCACGCUUCAUGAACUUGUUUAAAGAGGCCCAAUGGGAUGGCUUGACAGGACGGAUAGUCCUUAACAAGACUGAUGGUCUGCGGAAAGAGUUCAACUUAGACCUCAUCAGCCUCAAGGAGGACGGCACGGCGAAGCGAGUGGCUGAUGGUGCAUCACGACCUACUAAAUUAUGGACAAAGAUUGGAGUGUGGAACUCUUACACGGGCCUCAACCUGACUGAGAUAAAAGACAAUAAAAACAUCACAGACUCUCUGGCUAACAGAACGCUUAUCGUCACCACAAUCCUGGAAAAUCCCUACGUUAUGUUUAAGAAGUCUGACAAGGUGCUAUAUGGGAACGAUCGCUUUGAGGGCUACUGUCUAGACCUGCUAAAGGAGCUCUCCAACAUCCUGGGAUUCACCUAUGAGGUCAAGCUGGUUUCUGAUGGCAAAUAUGGAGCUCAGAAUGACAAAGGCGAAUGGAACGGCAUGGUUCGGGAACUAAUUGACCAUAUAGCUGACCUGGCUGUGGCUCCGCUGACCAUCACUUAUGUCAGAGAGAAAGUUAUCGACUUCUCCAAACCCUUCAUGACCCUGGGCAUCAGCAUACUGUACCGCAAACCAAAUGGCACCAAUCCAGGGGUGUUCUCCUUCCUCAACCCCCUCACCCCGGAUAUCUGGAUGUAUGUGCUGCUGGCCUGUCUUGGAGUGAGCUGCGUGCUUUUUGUGAUAGCCAGGUUCACACCAUAUGAAUGGUAUAACCCUCACCCCUGCAACCCCUCUUCUGAAGUGGUUGAGAACAACUUCACACUGUUGAAUAGUUUAUGGUUUGGUGUCGCAGCUCUAAUGCGUCAAGGAUCUGAGCUGAUGCCUAAAGCUCUGUCCACCAGAAUCGUGGGAGGGAUUUGGUGGUUCUUCACUUUAAUCAUCAUAUCUUCCUACACGGCCAACCUGGCUGCUUUCCUCACAGUAGAGAGAAUGGACUCCCCAAUCGAUUCAGCUGAUGAUUUAGCCAAGCAGACUAGAAUUGAAUAUGGUGCAGUGAGAGACGGCUCUACAAUGACUUUCUUUAAGAAAUCAAAAAUCUCAACGUACGAGAAGAUGUGGGCGUUCAUGAGCAGCAGGAAGAACACAGCCCUGGUGAAGAACAACAAGGAAGGGAUUACAAGAGUCCUGACCACCGACUAUGCCCUCCUCAUGGAGUCCACCAGCAUAGAGUACAUCACCCAGAGAAACUGCAACCUCACCCAGGUUGGAGGCCUGAUCGACUCUAAGGGCUAUGGAGUUGGCACGCCAAUAGGCUCACCCUACCGAGACAAGGUGACCAUCGCCAUCCUGCAGCUUCAGGAAGAGGGAAAGCUGCACAUGAUGAAGGAAAAAUGGUGGCGAGGCAACGGAUGCCCUGAGGAGGACAAUAAAGAAGCCAGUGCCCUGGGUGUGGAGAACAUAGGUGGCAUCUUCAUCGUGCUGGCUGCCGGUCUCGUUCUGUCCGUGUUUGUGGCCAUCGGAGAGUUCAUCUACAAGUCGCGCAAAAACAGCGAUAUUGAAGAGUGUGUCUCUUUCAGUGCUGUGAUGGAAGACCUGGGCAUGUCCCUCAGGUGCCACAAGGCGUUGAGGAAGAGAGGCAGACACAGAGGAAGAGCAGGCCUGUCUGGAGUCUUAUGUAACCCCAAACGCAUCUCAAGGAAAGAGACAAUGGCCUAGAUCCACCUCGAACAGUCGCGCAGGGAGCAACUCUGCUUUUGACAUACCUGCCGGUGAAAUGAAUCUCUGAGGCUGUUCGUUUUUUUCAUUGAAUUUUGUUUAUGUGCUUUUUAUUCAUGAAUUUGCCAGUUUUUAUAUGAGUACUAUGUGGAUUGUGUUGGUUUUGUGUCAACUACAGAUCUUGGUAAUAUCUCGAGUUGAUUGAAUAGAAAAUGAAAGGAAUAAUUUAUUUUGAGAUAUUUAUUAACAUACAAGCAAAUUGCAUAAACGGUAGCAUUUUCUUGUGCUGUCCUUGAUUUAAUAAAUAAAAGUGUACAUUUUACACAAACUUGAAGAA